AAUCGUUGCUGUUCACCCGGCUGCGCAUGCUCAUAACGCCCGACCGUUCAUGCGGCUGGUCCGUGGGUUUCUCUGGAGGUCACAGUGAAGCAGAGCGCGGAGCUGUCACUCUGUUGCCAUGGCAAAGCUGUUCGAGUCGAUUGGAAAAUUGGGAUUGGCCUUGGCCAUAGGAGGGGGUGUGGUUAACUCUGCCCUUUUUAAUGUUGAUGCUGGCCACAGGGCAGUCAUCUUUGACCGGUUUCGAGGAGUUCAGGAUGCCGUGGUUGGGGAAGGAACACAUUUCCUGAUACCCUGGGUACAAAAACCAAUCAUUUUCGACUGCAGGUCCCGUCCACGCAACGUGCCUGUCGUCACUGGAAGCAAAGAUCUACAGAAUGUUAACAUUACGUUGAGAAUUCUGUUCAGGCCAGUAGCAACUCAGCUGCCGAGGAUUUUCACCAGCAUUGGUGAAGACUACGAUGAAAGAGUGCUCCCCUCCAUCACCACUGAAGUGCUGAAGGCUGUUGUGGCCAGGUUUGAUGCAGGAGAACUGAUCACUCAGAGAGAGCUGGUGUCCAGGCAGGUCAGCGAAGAUCUGACUGAGAGAGCAUCCACAUUUGGCCUUAUUCUUGACGACGUCUCCUUGACACAUCUGACGUUCGGCAAGGAGUUCACAGAGGCUGUUGAAAUGAAACAGGUGGCCCAGCAAGAAGCUGAAAGAGCAAGAUUCAUUGUAGAGAAGGCGGAGCAGCAGAAGCAGGCAGCUAUCAUCUCGGCAGCGGGCGACUCGCAGGCUGCUCUGCUGAUCGCUAACUCUCUGGCUGAGGCAGGAGAUGGCCUAGUAGAGCUGAGGAAGCUGGAGGCGGCUGAAGACAUCGCUUUCCAGCUCAGCCGCUCACGCAACGUCACCUACCUGCCCUCAGGACAGGGCACACUGCUGCAGCUGCCUCAGUGAGACACAGCCACACAAACACAGACACACACUCACAUGCACGGCCUCUCUGCCAAAGCUAUGGCUGCCUGAUGAGGAACGCAUGAAGGAACUGACCCACAUCUGAAAAGGCUACAUGCAACUUGUUGAGAAAUGGCCAAGUCUCUUGUUUUUUUGUUUUUUUUUGUGUUGCUGGCUCUGGCUCUCUAUGGCUGAAAUUAUGGACUGCCUCAGAGUGUCUACAGCAGUCGGAGAGGGGAGGUGGUUGUUGUGAGGGUGGUCCGACAGCGUCUGUGUGUGUUUGUGUUUAAUGGUGAAAUAUAACAUGUUAUAUGACUGUAUAAUGGCUAAAGCACUAGAGUCUGAUUGAAACAGUGUAACCCCAAAAUUGCAUAUUGAUUGCACUGGGGCCUUUUAGAUAUUAAAAUGAAAUAUAGUUGAAGUCCAGAUACAGUUUGGCACAAUCAGGUUUCAUCCUGAUUAUCUUCAAACUCCUGCAAGUGAGAAGUUGUUAGCCAUCUGUCAUAUUUCUCUCUACAUUGACUAGCCUGACCAUGUUGCUGUUUUGUUUGUAUUGUUUUUCUUAUUGUAUAACUGAAGAGGAGUAUGGAUUGCCCUUGCAUUCCACAACCGAUAAACUAAUAAUUAUCAAUAAAACCAUUUCUGUUCAAGAGAAAUAAAACUGUGUCAAAUUAAUAAAUUGUAAAAAUACCAGA